AUGGCCGACGCUAUGGAUGUCUGGGCCCUGACGGAAUGGAAUAAGCCCCUGCAGAAGAUUCGCCAACCUAUCCCAGUACCGACAGGAACAGAAGUUCUGAUAAGAGUCACUCAUGCGGGCGUUUGCCAUUCAGACCUCCAUACAGCUGAGGGCUUCUACGAUAUUGGAGGAGGCAAGCGAUUUUAUGUCAAAGACCGCGGCAUUAAAUUACCAAUUGCCUUGGGACACGAGAUACUAGGAGAGGUUGCUGCUAUUGGGCCCGAUGCAACUUCAGUUGCGCUAGGAUCUCGCCAAAUCGUCUACCCAUGGCUUGGUUGCGGUUCCUGUACACGCUGUAGCCAGGAGGAAGAUAAUUUAUGCGCUGCACAAAGGGGGCUCGGCACACUUCAGAACGGCGGCUUCGCCGAGUAUGUUGUCGUUCCACAUCCAAAAUACAUAAUCGAUCUGGGCAAUCUCGAUGCAGCCGUAGCAUCUACUUUCGGAUGUUCUGGAAUCACUACAUUCAGUGCGGUCAGCAAGAUUAUGCCGCUUCCACCAAACGAACCAGUCCUCUUGAUCGGGGCAGGUGGUCUAGGGCUUUCAGCGAUAUCAGUACUGAGGUCUUUCGGGCACCAAUUCAUCCUCAGCGUUGACAUCAACGACGAGAAGCUAGCUGAUGCUACCAGAGCUGGUGCAACAAAGACCGUGAACAGCUCUGGGCCCUCCCCAGCCGAGGACAUUCUAGCGGUCACUAAAGGGCCAGUCAUCGCCGUGAUUGAUUUUGUGAACAGCUCGAGCACCGCUGCUUUGGUAAAAGGUUUGGUCGGCAAAGGAGCUAAGUGGGUCCAGGUUGGCGUGAUGGGAGGCUCAAUUGAGAUGUCCCUUGUUGAGAACAUCUUUAAAGGUUUAAGCAUUCAUUCGAACAUCACAGGAAACCUGGAGCAUUUUCGAAGAGUCGUUCAAUUAGCAAAAGAAGAUAAGCUUAGUCCAGUGUUGGUCAAAACAAUGCCGUGGAACUCGGUUAACGAGGCGAUGGACCUACUGAAGGCGGGCAAGGUUACAGGGCGUGUUGUUUUAACUAAGUGA